UUUCCCGAUCUUAUGAGUCAAACUGGAUGCGAUGCCUUUAGCUGUCACUGUACACUGAAGUGCUAAAAAAUCAGUAAACUAUUAACAUGGCAAUUUGAAUAUUCAAUCGACUCCAAUAACUUGAACCCCCGCUAUUAAACACGAAUUGUUUUUCGUUUCCCUUCAGAGUUCGGGUUACCGGGGUUCUACCGUACAUCUUUUGCUCAAAAAGCGUUACGCUUAAUUAAAUCCUUUGUCACCCCCCAUUGUCAGCCUUUCUUAUUCUUAUCAGCAUCAUGUACGUGUAGUUUGAAACGAAAAGAUGACAGUGACAACGCGACCUGUAACGCAAAUCUGCUCACGGAUCAUCGCACGCAUGCUCUUGGGAGCAAAACGUUUGCACAAAUAACUCACUCCCACCCGAUUGGUCCAAACACAAUGCAGUUGAGUGAGCUCUCUUCAUAGCUUGCAUACAGCCAUGGCUCCCAAAGUUGUGGUAAUUUCUGGCUCUUCAAGCGGCAUAGGACUUGCCAGUGCCCUUAUUCUAGCGAAAGAUGCACAGAAACGUUUUAGAGUUUACGCAACGAUGAGAAAUCUGGAGAAAAAAGGACAGCUAGAGGAAGAAGGCAAAAAAUUUCUUGGGGACACGUUGUUAAUCAAGCAGAUGGACGUAUGCUCGGAUGACUCGGUCGAAAAGACUGUGAGAGAGGUGAUCCAUGAAGAGGGAAGAAUUGACGUGAUUUUUAACAACGCCGGCAUGUCAGUAUUCUCUAUUUUUGAAUGUGUCUCGAUGGAGCUGAUGAAAAAAAUGUUUGAAGUAAAUUAUUUUGGCACAGUCCGACUAAUUAAAGCCGUGAUUCCAUUCAUGAAAGCUAAAGAAAGCGGGCUGAUCAUAAACAACAGUAGCCAUGCAGGGGUGGCUGGGUUUCCAUCUGCUGAAACUUACAGCUCCACGAAGUUCGCCGUGGAAGGAUUGACGGAGUCUUUAGCCCCCACACUUCGCCAGUUUAAUAUUAGAUGCGUUCUCAUCGAGCCAGGUCCCGUGGACACUCCAAUGAAAACCGCUGUAAUUUCCGAGGGAGUGGACUACUCAACGGUGGACCAAAAAUCUCUACUCAUAAAGGAAAGAGUCAGCAGUAGAUGGGCUAAAUAUUGGGCUCAGCCGGAGAAGGUGUUGAGCGCAGAACAAGUGGCAGAAGUUGUUAAGGAAGUAAUUCUAAGUGAAAACCCGAACUUUCGGUACCAAACAAAUAAGCAAUAUUGCCCUGAUGAGAUCGCAGCCAAACUUGCAGAUAUUCAUGGCAAUAAGUCCGUUGAUAUAAUCACGAAAAGAUUCUGUGAUGAGUGAUGUCUCAUGUGCUAUCGCCAGCUUGAGUUUGCAAUUUAACCCACUGGCAUAACUUAAUGGUACUUUUAGCUUUGGGAGUGUAGUAAUUAGCGUAUCACGACUAUAGUUUUCAAUUCAUUUUUUCUCAUCACUUGACAAUGUGAUGAUACUGUAACGAAAAGUGGAUGAUUAUUAAAUGUUUCUGCGUUUUGCAAUGCUUCCCUG